AUGUCGACAUUGCAAGAAGAAGCCGAUCUUGGCGAAUUCUUCGACUUUCAGAAUGCUGUCUCGGACGGCAGUAGCAUGCAGACAAGCAGUGCGAUCGCUGAUCCAGAUCAUAUAUCUCACACCUACAAUGACAACAACGACAACAACGAGGCGACCUUGACGAUAUUCGAGAAUGAGGCAGCGGAGGCAGCAGAUUACAGCAACUUCUCGAGAUGGAUACCUCGAUUCAUUCAGCCUGAUGGGCCGUGUACUUACUGCCGAGACCGUAAGCUAAACUGCUACCUCAGUUAUGGAAAGGUCACAUGCACUGCUUGCGAUACACUCUUCAGACCUUGUAGCUUUGUGAAGCCUCAUAGUCAUGCCGCUCCCGAAGUGCCCGAAGGAGAGUCGUCGAUGGGCUUUGUCGACACCUUACACCCUGUCAUAGAAGACUGCUGUCAAGAACAGGGAAAGCUGACCGGAGUUCGAUCGCUCAAAUCGAUGCCAGACAAGAAGUCUAGCAGUCGUUUCUCUAAGGCUGCUCUCAAGGUGCUGAGAGGAUGGCUUGAUGAACAUCAAGCUAACCCGUACCCAACCGAGGACGAGAAGGAGCAGUUGAGUCGUACGACUGGUCUUCGCGUCCCUCAGAUCAAUACAUGGCUUGCCAAUGCCCGUCGUCGUGGUAAGGCUGGUGUCAAGAAUAAGGCUGCUAUGGAUGGCCUCCUACAGUCAACUACUACCUCGCUACCUCCUACAGCUGCCAUCGGUAUUCCUGGUGCCACAGAAAUCGAGAUCAACAAGUGGAGUGACAUGAAUCCCCUGGAGCGAUGGAAGCAUUCGCCCCCUCAGAACGAACCUGCUCCGUUCAACGCCAUCGCCGACGCUUUGGACAGAAAAGAUCUGCCCGACUACGCAGAAGAGUCUAGCUCUCCGUCGACUUUGGGCUGGCAGGGGCUUGGAUCGAGCCGUGAUGAUUCAAGGUCGUCAAACCGAAGAGCAGCAUCUGUCACGUCUUUGGAAAAAUCUACAUCCAACUCUGCCGCGUCGUCUGCAGCUUGGUCAGGUUCGCGUGAUUCAUGGGGUUCGUAUAGCUCAUUCGGAAGCAGCCUCAAUGGCAGGAAAGAAAGAAGACGACGUCGCAAGAUGCCCGGUACUACUCUGAAGAAGCCCUCAAACGAUAAGAGCUUGCAAAAAGAGAGGUUGUAUCAGUGUACGUUCUGCACAGAUACGUUCUUGACCAAGUACGACUGGGUUCGCCACGAGAAAACAUUGCACCUGUCACUCGAGAAGUGGAUAUGCUGUCCGCUGGGUCCGGAAACUUUAGACUCUGCAUCAGGUCAGACCAUUUGCGCGUAUUGCUGCGAGCUGGAGCCGACUAAAGACCACAUUGAAUCACAUAAUCACCGCCAAUGCCUAGACAAGGGCUUCCAAGGAAGAACGUUCUAUCGCAAGGACCAUCUGCGACAGCAUCUCAGACUUGUACACGAGUCAAAAUUACUGCCACACAUGGAAGCUUGGAAGACGAGCCUCACCAACGUCAACAGCAAAUGUGGCUUCUGCUACCAACGGUUCACCGUAUGGUCAGAGCGCAAUGACCAUCUGGCUAUACACUUCAAGAACGGGGCCAAAAUGAGCGAAUGGAAGGGAUGUCGAGGUCUGGAUCCAGCAGUGGCUGCCCUUGUCACCAGCGCGAUGCCUCCAUACCUCAUCGGCAUUGAGACCAACUCAGUGAACCCUUUCACUGCCACCAACCCAAUGAGAUGCAUGACUGUUCAAGCACAUCUGGAGAGUGGUGGUGCACCAGCAACUUGUUGGGAAAUCUUGACCGUAAGACUUGGAAGAUUUGCAAAAGAGCAGACGGACAAAGGUGUGGUCUUGACCGAUGAGAUGCUGCAAACACAAGCCCGGCGCAUUUUAUACGACUCCGACGAUGCGUGGGAUAACACAGCUGCUGACAAUCCUGAAUGGCUUGACCUGUUCAAACGUGCGCACGCCCUUGACUAUAUCCCAAGUGAGGUCUCAGGCAUAGGCAAGAAUGUCCCCGAAGACCUCGAGAUAUAUACGGAUCUCGGUAUGAGAAUCCCGCUCAGUGUGCAAGCAGCGCGUGGUAUGUCACUCGAAUACCCACCGGUUGGACUACCGACAGUACAGGGGCCCUUAGAAGCCUCUCGAUCGACAAUGCAGCAAGAACCAACAGGGGCUACGAACAUUGCUUGCACACGAUGGCUUCUCCCUUCCAGCAGAUCAUCACUAUCGCAGCCCUCACCACAAUGGGGCUCCGAGCUCGCCACUCCAGCUACUUACCAGAGUCAGGGCUCAACACCUCUACAGCUUGACACGCCUCAUGAUCUGAAUCUUGACAACUGCUUCGAUGCCGAUAUCGACGCUAUUCUGGCAGAGGCAGGUUAUCAGGCACCAUCUGAGGCUCAUGCAGGCGAUCUAGCUCGACAACAAAACGCCAUGUUGGCUCAACAACAUGGACUAGAUGCUUCCUUCACACCGAGAAAGGCUCAACAGCAGCUAGCCGAGAUGAAUGCUGCAAUGGCCGUCCUCACUGAGCAGGCAGUAUUGUGCGACGUCCCGACGUCCGGCCAGUCAACAAGCACAUUAGACUACUCAACCUUUGGCAUGGAGACAGAUCUUUCUAAUUUGAUCAACUCAACUGCCACAUCGUCGAGUGACAAUUUGUUCGCAACGACUUGGGACGGCAAAGAUCAAUUUGGACUCGACAACGCUUUUACCGCUGCAGCAGCAGAGGCAGGGUAUACGGCAACGGAUAUGACGAUGCAAGAUUUGGACAUGAACGACAUACAGUUCGGAGACAUGGAUUUCAGUAUGGGCUUCCAAUAG